GGGGCUGCUGGAAUUGUCGGGCUCGGGAGUGGAGCGAGCUGGGAGCGGGAUGAGGCUGCAGGAGAUUCCUAAAGGCCGCGGGGAUUCCCCCCUGGAGCAGGAAUUCCACUCGGCCGUGGGGGGAGGGGCGGCCCGGAGCCCCCCCAGCCCCCGCUCGUCCCCACGCUCCCCUGCCAACUCCAUCAAGGUGGAGAUGUCGUCGGACGAGGGCUCGCCGGGCCGGCCGCCGUCGCGGGAGGGCCGCGGGGGGCUGCCCGAGGACGCGCUGCCCGAGCCCUUCCCGGAGCCCUUCCCGGAGCCGCACUCGCCCGGCGGCAUCCGCCUGCCCAACGGGAAACUCAAGUGCGACGUCUGCGGCAUGGUGUGCAUCGGGCCCAACGUGCUCAUGGUGCACAAGCGCAGCCACACCGGAGAACGACCCUUCCAGUGCCAGCAGUGCGGCGCCUCCUUCACGCAGAAGGGGAACCUGCUGCGCCACAUCAAGCUGCACUCGGGGGAGAAGCCCUUCAAGUGCCCCUUCUGCUCCUACGCCUGCCGGCGCCGCGACGCCCUCAGCGGGCACCUGCGCACCCAUUCCGUCUCGUCCCCCACCGUGGGCAAGCCCUACAAGUGCAGCUCGUGCGGCCGCAGCUACAAGCAGCAGAGCAGCCUGGAGGAGCACCGGGAGCGCUGCCACGGCUUCCUGCAGAGGGAGAGCCCGGCGCAGACAGGAGAGGAAAUCCGGGAGCUGGAUAUGGUGCCCGAGGCGUUGCUGCACCCUGAGCGCCCCACCUUCAUCGAGCGACUGGCAGGGAGCUUCACCAAGAGGAAACGCUCCACGCCGCAGAAAUUUGUGGGCGAGAAGCAGAUGCGCUUCGCCCUGUCGGAGCUGCCCUUCGAUGUCAGCCCGGGCUUCGACAAGGACGUGGAGGUGGUUCCGGCCCGCGGGCACGCCCUGGAGCCGCCCUACGCCGGCCCGCUGUCCCUGCUGGGCGCCGGCGACCCGCUGCGCCCGCUCCGCCUGGCCACCAACUGCAUCACCGAGGUCACGCCGGUCAUCAGCUCCGUGUACACCCAGAUCCAGGCGCUGCCCGCCCGCCUCGAGCUGCCGCGGGGCCGCGACGCCUCCGAGGACGGCGCCGAGGGCAUCCCGGUGAUCUUCCGCAGCCGCGCCGCCGCCGCCGACGCCGGGGCUUCGCCUUCCAACGGCUGCCAGGACUCCACGGACACCGAGAGCAUCCAGGAGGAGCGGGCGGGCGGCGGCAGCAGCCGGCACAGCCCCGCCUACGCCAAGGAGGAGCCCAAGGAGGAGCCGGACGGAGCGGCGCGCUGCUUCCCCAAGGAGUCCCUGAGGGUGCUCAACGAGGAGGGCGAGCAGCUGCGGGCCUUCUGCUGCGAGCACUGCCGCGUGCUCUUCCUGGACCACGUCAUGUUCACCAUCCACAUGGGCUGCCACGGCUUCAGGGACCCUUUCGAGUGCAACAUCUGCGGCUACCGCAGCCAGGACCGCUACGAGUUCUCCUCGCACAUCGUGCGCGGCGAGCACAAGAUGUGAGGUGGGGAAAAUGUCCCUUUCCUGCCUCCAGUCUCCUGAUUUCACCCCGAUUUCACCCCGAUUUUCGCCUCCUAAAUCGUGCGUGGUGAGCACAAGAUGUGAGGUGGGGAAAGUGCCCCUUUCCUGCCUCCAUUUUCCUGAUUUCGCCCCGAUUUCCACCGCCUAAAUCGUGUGUGGUGAGCACCAAAUGUGAGGUGGGGAAAACGUCCCUUUCCUGCCUCCAUUUUCCUGAUUUUACCCCGAUUUCCACCUUCUAAAUUGUGCGUGGUGAGCACCAAAUGUGAGGUGGGGAAAACGUCCCUUUCCUGCCUCCAUUUUCCUGAUUUUACCCCGAUUUCACCCCGAUUUUCACCUCCUGAAUCGUGUGUGGUGAGCACAAGAUGUGAGGUGGGGAAAAUGUCCCUUUUCUGCCUCCAUUUUCCCGAUUUUCACCCUGAUUUCACCCCAAUUUCCGCCUCCUAAAUCGUGUGUGGUGAGCACAAGAUAUGAGGUGGGGAAAACGUCCCUUUCCUGCCUCCAUUUUCCUGAUUUCACCCCGAUUUCACCCCGAUUUUCACCUCCUGAAUUGUGCUCAGCAAACACAAAAUGUGAGGUGGGGAAAACUCCCCUUUCCUGCCUCAAAUUUCCUGAUUUCACCCCAGUUUUCCCUUUCUAAAUUGUGCUCAGCAAACACGAAAUGUGAGGUGGGGAAAACUCCCCUUUCCUGCCUCCAAUUUCCUGAUUCCACCCCAAUUUUCCCUUCCUAAAUUGUGCUCAGCAAACACAAAAUGUGAGGUGGGAAAAUCCCUCCCUUCCUUCCUCCAAUUUCCCAAUUUCAUCCCAAUUUUCCUGUCCUACAUCCUGCCUGGUGAGCACAAGAUAAGAGGUGGCAAAAACUCCUUUUUUCCUGCCUCAAAUUUCCUGAUUUCAUCCCAAUUUUCCCCUCCCAAACACAAAAUGUGUGGGAGGUUGGAAAACUCCUCUGCCUCAAAUUGCCAUUUUUCCCCUCAAUUUUCCCCUCCCAGUGAGGUUGGAAAAAAAAGCUUCCCUGCCUCAAAUUGCCAUUUUUUUCCUGAUUUUUUCCUCCCAUUUUCCCCCCAAUUUCCCCUUUUAUGUUGUGCACACCGAGCACAAAAUGUGAGGUUGGAAAAAUCCUCCCCCCACCUCAAAUUUUCCCUUUUUCCCCCCAAUUUUCCCCCUCCCAUCUUUAGGGCAUGGAACUGUUGGGUUGUGUUGUUUUUUUAUUUUUAUUUUUUUUUUCCUUUUAUACUCCUUUGCACUGACUUUGGCUAUAAAAAAACCAAGAAAAAACAAAACAAAAAAGUAUUUAAAAAAAACAACAACAACAAA